UUAAAAAAUGGCAGCCUUUAUGUCGUAAGCUUUUCUUUUCUUUUUCUAUAUGAAAAGUUUUUAAAUAAAGAUUUGUGGAUGAUUUAUAAUGCCAUUAACGGUGAUUCAGAUGGAGAAAAUACUUUUCAAAAUAAAUAAAUAAUUAUCAAAUGUUGAGAGUUACUAUGACCUUCGCAUUUCUAGUGGCGUAGACUAUGAACAAAUGCUGAACGGUUCGAACGAGAACGAAACUAGUAGCUCCAGUAUAGCGUUAGAAAAUAAAGAUAACAUGAGCGCUGGUACGGCGACAUUGGAGCGUGAGCUGUCCAGUACUAGACGACUAUUGUGGGGAGACCACGUAAAGGAGGACGUGUUCCGGCGCUGGGCGCAAGGUUUCCAGUUUAGCUCCGAUGAGCCAAGUGCGCUUAUUCAGCAAGAAGGUGGGCCGUGCGCUGCCAUCGCACCUGUUCAAGGAUUCCUUCUCAAGAUUCUUCUGUCUGAGACACCUGGGCAUAGCCUUCAAGAUUUGACGUCGGAGAAGUGUAAUUCCUUGCUUGUUAGGGCUGUGUGUACGAUAUUAAGUCAGUGUCUAGCUUCUAAGUACAAUGUUGCCGUUUAUCGCAAGAACGACACAGAGGCUGAGACGAGCACAGGUCUCAAUGUUAGUGCUGAGGAACAGUCUUGUGAUGCCAUUGAUUACUUUCAUAGAAGAAUGGAGGUGCACUCCUUUCAGACAUUAUCAGAAGUGGAAGCAUUUUACACAAGGAAUAUUCGCAUUUUGAAGGACAAAUAUGGUGUACUUCUGUUGUUAUAUAGUGUCAUACUAAGCAAAGGAGUCAGUACUGUUGAAGCAGAACUUUCAGAGCUGUCUGAUCCUCUCAUACAUUCGACAUAUGGAUAUGGUUCUCAAGGACUAAUCAAUCUAAUGCUUACGGGUAGGGCAGUGGCGCAUGUCUGGGACCAUGACCAAGUGGUGGGCGGAUUGAGAUUACGUGGAAUUGAGAGACAGAAUGACAUUGGUUUCCUCACUAUUAUGGAGCAUAUGCAGUAUUGCACUGUAGGUUCCUUUUACAAGAAUCCUAAGCAUCCUGUCUGGGUUUUGGCUUCAGAGACACAUUUGACUGUAUUAUUCUCUUUCGAAAGAAGACUAGCAGCCCCCGAAACAGUUGGGGAAUCUGCUGAACGCAUUUUUAGAUCAUUUGAUCCAGAAGGAAACAAUUUUAUUCCAUCUGCAGCUUUGCAAGAUGUCCUAUGUGCUGCUGAUUUGGUUAGUGAACCAGAAUAUGUGGAAUUGAUGAGACGGAAAUUAGAUUCUGAGAAUUUAGGAAUCAUUUUAUUGAGUGCAUUCAUGGACGAAUUCUUUCCCGGUUGUGAGCGUGGUGCACCUGAUACUUUCACACUACACCACUACAAUGGACUCUCUCGCAGUAAUCCAGGGGGUAGAGUGGUUUACCGCACUGGUCGUGCAGCACUGCUUGAGUGUCCAAUGCGAGCUGCAACUACUGAUCCCAUGUUGACAUGCUUGCAAACCAAAUGGCCAAGUAUUGACGUGGUUUGGGAUGAAGGUCAAUCGCCCUCUCUUAAUUAGCACACACUACACUACAUAGUGUGCUCAGAACUUAUACUGUGACAGAGUGAGGAGAGUUAACAUAAAAUGUAUCUUAAAAUAUGUUGCAGAAAAUUCCAUUACUUUAUGUAUUAAUUUAUGUAUAGAAAUUGUAUUGAAUAAUUUCAAGGCCUUUGCAGAUAACAUACAUUAUCAUGGUCAGCUAUUUUUCAUAAAUUUGAUAAUUUUUAACAUGGAAAUAAUUGCUAUCAUUGUGAUGUUCCAUUAGGUUUAGUUGCACAUGCACAACUAUAAUAAUAGGACAAUCCAUAAGCAAUGAAGAACAUCCCAAAUUAAAGUUGCAAGCCUUUUAAGUUGAAAAGUUUCAAAAUGUAUUUUAUUUAAGAGCUGUGAUCAGGAUCACAUUUUCUAUAUUCUUCCUUGAAAAUUUAAAACUGUAGUUCACAAUUUUAAGUAAUAAAAAGAAUUUUAAACAAAAAAUUACAAACUUCCUCUUUGCUUAAAAAUUACAAUACACAUUAAAGGUCUAUGUUGCAAUUACUUGUUUCGUUACAAAUAUUUAUUUCUAUGAUUUGUAUUACACAUCUUAACUUUAAUGAUGAAGUAAUAACAUAGAGUAAUGUUCUAAAAUUUCAUUUCAUAUAAUAUUUUCAUUGGUACUUUUCAUUGUUUAAUCUUGCGUAUGCAAGCACACAUUAUGCACGUAGUUGGUUUUUGCACAAAACAUUGUCUCUAAUAACUCCUCCACUAAUAUAUUAUAUGCCAGCAUUACAUUAUUUGAUAAAGUAUUGAAAUGUACCCAAAUAUGUAUGGUACUUUUUUAUAUUGUUAUUAAUUUUGUUUUUAUAUUAUAUUAAAUACUGCAAACUUGAGUGAUGCAAAUGUUUUUUAAGACUUAUGUAUUAAUAUAAAAUUAAAACAUUUGACCAAAGUUUUCAUAAUUUUACCAUAAUAAUGGUAUUCAGAAUUUCAGUUAAGAAUAUUAUAAUUUGGAAUUCUUAGUAAAUAUGUCUGUAUAUAACUAUUUAGUACAAAUAUUCUAUAUCAGAUUCAUGUCAAAUAGCUGUGCACAUGUAUAACAACAAAGAUUAUAUUGGAAAGAUAAUUUUCAGUUAGUCGUAAAUAAUAGUGGAACAUGCUUUUUUAAUUA